GUUGUGAUAAUAUGUGCUGGUCUGCCAGGAGAAACAGGUGUACUGGCCGCAGCUGCAGGAACUACCAGCAGGUUGAUCUGUAGUAAAUAAUUCUCAGGACAAAGGAAGCCUGUCCAUGCCAGCAAUACUGUUGCUGUAUGAAUCUCAUGAGGGACGGCACUUCCAUAUCUGUACCUUUUCAUCGUCAGCUUCAAAUUCAGCUCGCUCACCGCUCGGCGGGUGCAAACAAACACGCUAAGAUUACCAUGCCGACUACCGCCGCCGCUCCCUGGCCGGAGCCGGCGUGCACGGCCGGCGUCGCGCUGUCCCUGCUUAUCAUCGCCGGGGCCGGCGUGUGGAUGCUGCUGUCCCGCAAGCUCCUGCCGGCCACGGCGAGGGCGAGAGAGCGUCGUCGUCGUGGGGGGAGUGGCGCGAGCAAGGAGGCCCGGCUCCCGCCCGGCAGCUUCGGGUGGCCGCUCGUCGGCGAGACGCUGGAUUUCGUGUCCUGCGCCUACUCCUCCCGCCCGGAGGCCUUCGUCGACAAGCGCCGCCUCCAGUACGGGAGCGCGGUGUUCCGGUCGCACCUGUUCGGGUCGGCGACGGUGGUGACGGCGGACGCGGAGGUGAGCCGGUUCGUGCUGCAGAGCGACGCGCGCGCGUUCGUGCCGUGGUACCCGCGGUCGCUGACGGAGCUCAUGGGCAAGUCCUCCAUCCUCCUCAUCAACGGCAGCCUGCAGCGCCGCGUCCACGGCCUCGUCGGCGCCUUCUUCAAGUCGCCGCAGCUCAAGGCACAGGUCACCGCCGACAUGCAGCGAUGCCUCGUGCCCACCCUCGCCGCCUGGCGCGCCCAGGGCCCCGGCGCGCUCCUCCGCAUCCAGGACCACGCCAAGACGCAGAUAGUGUUCCAAAUCCUGGUGAGGGGUCUGAUCGGGCUGGAGGCUGGGCCAGAAAUGCAGCAGCUCAAGCAGCAAUUCCAGGAAUUUAUUGUCGGCCUCAUGUCCCUUCCUAUUAAGCUGCCAGGGACUAGGCUCUACAGAUCUCUCCAGGCCAAGAAGAGGAUGGCGAGGCUGAUACAGAGGAUCAUACAGGAGAAGAGGAGGAGGAGGAUCCUUGACGGCGAGGGGCCGCGUGCCGCCCCCCGCGACGCCAUCGACGUGCUCAUAAGCGACGGGAGCGACGAGCUCACGGACGAACUGAUAUCGGACAACAUGAUCGACCUGAUGAUCCCGGCAGAGGACUCUGUGCCCGUGCUCAUCACGCUUGCCAUCAAGUAUCUUAGCGAGUGCCCUUUGGCUCUGCAACAAUUAGAGGAGGAGAACCUGCAGCUCAAGAGGCGAAAAACUGACAUGGGCGAGACCUUGCAGUGGACAGACUACAUGUCCUUGUCAUUCACACAACAUGUCAUAACCGAGACUCUGCGGAUGGGCAACAUCAUCAACGGUAUCAUGCGCAAGGCGGUCCGGGACGUCGAGGUGAAGGGGCACCUCAUCCCCAAAGGUUGGUGUGUGUUCGUGUACUUCCGAUCGGUCCACCUCGACGACACGCUCUAUGAUGAGCCCUGCAGGUUCAAUCCAUGGAGGUGGAAGGAGAAGGACGCGAGCACUAGCAGCUUCACUCCUUUCGGCGGUGGGCAGAGGCUGUGCCCAGGCCUGGAUCUGGCCAGGCUGGAAGCUUCCAUUUUUCUGCAUCACUUGGUCACCAGCUUCAGGUGGGUAGCGGAGGAGGACCGCAUCGUCAACUUCCCAACCGUGCGGCUCAAGCGAGGCAUGCCCAUCCGGGUCACCAGCACAGACUAGCGCAAGCCUGCAAAUGCAGCUCUGCAACUUACACAAGUAUACACCAUCGUAGGCUCAUAGCAAGAACGAAGAAUCCUUGAAGGUGGCAAGUUCAAAAGGUACGUCUUGGUGCCGGCAGAAAGAUGUUGCUGCUCCACAUUGCCGUGCAUUGGAGAUUGGAGCUGUACAGAAGAGAGAGGAAGGGUAGGCAGAUCAAGCAGCCAGGGAGUAAUACUAAUUACUAGUACGAGUGUAGUAUUGGUUUUUUUAAGAUUUAUGUCAUUAUAAAUAUUACGGUUUUGAAAUAUGAUAUUACACUCGGUAUUUGAAAAGAUAUCACUAUAAAUCUCUUAAAAUUGGAUCUACACUAUUACCUUAGUCUUCAGGCAUAUUUUGUAAUGAUAUAUAUCUAAUUUUAGGAGAUUUGUAAUAGUAUGGAUCUAAUUUUAAAAGAUUUAUAAUUGUGUGAUCCAAUUUCAGAA